CCAUAUAAAUCACUAAGAGCGGCAGGCAUCAAGGUUGUCACAGUGGGCGCAGGGCAAGCAAAGUGCUCGGUGCUGAGAGGUCCUACAGAAACAGCCCCAGGGCAUAAACAGCUUUGUCUCUGGAGAAAGGAACCUAUUUCCAUCAGUGUACACAAGAGACGUGUCUCACAAUGACAACGGUAGAAGCCAAAGCUGAAGAAGAAGAGAAAAAGGAGCCAGAUUCAGAGCCAACAUCAGAUCUGACAACAGAACCAGCACCAGGAUCCAAUCCAUCCAGUGGGACUGGAUCUCCAGAACAGGAAGGAUUCUUUAAUUUGCUGACCCAUGUACAGAGUGGUCGUAUGGAUGAGCAACGUUGUGACAUUCAGAUUGUGCAUCGCAAAAGCCCUACGGAACCUGCGAGCAGUAACAGCCCCAGCCCACCACCAGAGAUGGACCAUUUAAUGGAAAUGCUGGCAAGCACACAGAGCCGGCGGAUGGAUGAUCAACGAGCCAGCUUUAACUACCUCCCAGGUUUCCAGAAUGUUGAAAAUAAUGCCAGCAGCAAACCAGCUUCUGGGGCCACCAAGGAGGGCACAGGCCUGGCCUUAUCAGAAGCUGCUGCUCCAGAUCUUCCAGUUGUUCCUAUCUUACCUGUGGAUGACUACUUCUCUUUCAUCAACCGCAUUCACAGUAUGCAGCUAGGGGCUGCUACAGGAAAAAUAAAAAACCCAACUUGCAAAGAUGCCAGUGUCCAGGAUCCUAGCACCUCCUCCUAGAAAUCUGCAAGUCCUCCUCUCCCAAAUCUUAGUUCAUCAAGAUAAAGCAUCAUGUUAACCUUGUAUCUCCACCGCUUCAGACCCAGCGACCUAAUCUGCGAACACCUUUGAUAACCAGCUUCAUCUUAUUAGAAGUACUUCAAUCUGCUGGAAUCUCCUCUUCUUGACUUCAUCAAAACCCAAAAUGACAUCACCUUCCCACAAAACCACCAUUCAAAGCAUGCACAUACUUUUAGUUAUUUUGCUUCCCAAUGGGACACAUGCAGCUCUGUACCUAAAGGCUUGACAUAGCAUUAUGUACAUUAUGUACACCCCACAGUCCCAUGUUUUCCUUACUGAAGUUCAGCUUUAGCAAGCUCUGCCUCAGCAUACAAUUACAAUAAAAGCAACUUUUUUA